AUGCAACUCGAGGAGAAGCGACUCUGUCUUGAGCAGCUAUUGAUUCCUGAGGAACUCAUCACGGAGAUCCUGUUACGUCUCCUGGUGAAAUCCCUUAUGCGGUUCAAGUUGGUGAGCAAAUCAUUCAACUCUCUCAUCUCUAGCCCCCACUUUGUGAAGCUGCACCUUCAUCGAUGCUUCCUUCCAAACGCCAACCCGCUCAUAAUAUUCUGUCCUCCAGAUGAUGACGUCGACGAAAUCGAAUAUUUGCCACUCAAAUCCUUACUCAAAACCCCUCCUUCAACCAUCUUGGACGAAUUGCAGUACUUGCCCGUCAAUUGGGAAGGCCCGCACAUUGUAGUAGGUUCUUGCAAUGACAAUAAUUGGAGACACACUGGUUGUUGUUUCCCAUCCAAUCUUACCACUCUUAUUGGCGAUUACAAAGGAGUUCACUUGAAUGGAACUCUUAACUGGUUAGCCAUUCUCAAAAUUUAUGAGGAUAAUUAUGAUUUUGAACUUCAUAAGUAUGAUUUUGAGUGGGACAAUGGCUCAUGCCUGAUUACUUCCUUUGAUUUGAAUAAGGAGGAGUUUGUGAGGUUGUUGUUGCCUGUUAUGCCCCACAAGUUCAGUGCUCCACAUCUUGGGGUUCUGGGUGAAUGUCUCUGUGUUUCUGUCGAUGACGGGCUAGACAAUUUUGUGAUUUGGCAGAUGAAGGAGUUUGGAGAUGAUGGAUCUUGGAUUAAAUUGCUCAGCAUUAAUUAUCAUCAAGACAUAAAACCUCGUGGCUUGCCGUUUCCCUUUGGGUUUGCUAAGUACAUGUUUGACAAUGGUGAUGUCCUCAUGCUGCCAGAAAAGUACCUCUACAACAAGAGAGAUAAUAGAUUGAGUCCUCUUAAAUUUAUAAAUAAUUUGUAUUUAUCCAGUGCCACAAUUUGCUGUGAAAGCUUGAUUUCACCUCCUUAA